UCGAUCAUUUUUCCCGUGUUAAACACUUGGAAUUACAAAGAUUGUUCACAAUAGGAGCAUGCGUAGUGUCCUAAGAAAUUACUCAUCUUAGUUGCGUCGUGAUAAAUGAAGGAAAUUCGACGGUCUUGUUUAUUACGUUCGUGAAAAAAAAAAAAAAAGAAAAAGGAAAAGAAGAAAAAAAGAAAGAAGAAGAUUUAAAUAAUAUCCGUAGAUAUUAUAUAACACAUUCCUGUUACUCUUGAAGUUGAAAUUAAAAUUUCUUUUCAAGUCACGCACAAAGCGAAAACCGCUUUCACGUUCGAUCACGGAAUCACGAAUUCUUCGUUGUUCGUUCUUCAGCUAUCGCGACCGCCAUAUUCGAAAGUAGCGCCAUCCGGUAAUUAUUCAGCGAAUUAGAAUGAAGGUCGGACUUCUUAAAUGUCGAAUAUAUUAGUACUUACCAUCAUUAAUAUUUGAUACUUUGAGUUUACGCGUAAUCUGGGUAACAAUGAGGUAUAUCGUUGCGCUUGACGUGGGAACGACUACUGUUCGUUGUCAUAUUAUCGACGAAAAUGCUGUUGUUAUUUCCUCAUCGACGGAAAAGGUGGAACUUAUUUAUGAAAAACGCGGUCACGUAGAAAUUGAGCCUGACCAUUUAUGGACGAUUAUAGUGAAAACUGUAAAGGAUACGAUAAACGCCAGCGGAGUCGAUCCAAAUUCUUUUGCUUGCUUUGGAAUUUCUGUACAGCGUGGAACUUUUAUUUGUUGGAAUUUAUUAACUGGAGAACAUUAUCAUAAUUUCAUAACAUGGAAAGAUCUAAGAGCUGAUUCUAUGGUUAAAGAAUGGAAUAAUUCGAUUAUGAUAAGAGGAUUGCGCACAGUCGCUUAUAUUCUUUAUAUGUUAUCAAAAAACAAACAUUAUCUUGCUAUUAGUGCCUUCAAGUUUAUAAAUACUCAGAUCACUUUACGAUUGCUUUGGGCUUUACAACAUGUAUCAGGUCUACGUGAAGCUAUUAUGAAUGACUCUGUAGCAUUUGGCAGUAUCGAUUGCUGGCUUUUAUACAAAUUAACUGGCAGACAUAUAACAGACAUUUCGAGCGCAUCUGCUACUGGACUUUUUGAUCCAUUUACUAUGAAAUGGGCUACUGGAAUAUUAAGUUUAUUAAAAAUUCCGUCCCACAUUUUUCCCGAGAUCGUUGAUACAAUUACUAACUUUGGUGUUACACCAAAACAUAUAUUUGGCAUUGAAAUUCCUAUAGUUUGUUGCAUGGCUGAUCAAUCAGCUUCUUUAUUUGGCUCAGGAUGUUUUCAACCAGGCGAUAUGAAGAUUACAAUGGGUACAGGAACUUUUUUAAAUGUAAAUACUGGAACAAAACCACAUGUGUCCAUUAAUGGCCUUUAUCCUCUGGUUGGUUGGCGCAUAGAAUCUGAAUUAGUUUACAUUGUAGAAGGUGCAUCGAAUGAUACUGGAAUUCUUAUGGAAUGGGCAAAAGCUCUUGAAAUAUAUAAAGAUGAAGCAGAAACAGUUGAUUUAGCAUAUUCAGUGGAUAACUCAGAUGGAGUAUAUUUUAUACCGGCAUUUACCGGACUUCAGGCUCCAAUAAAUAAUCAUACCGCUGCAGCUGGUUUCUUAGGUGUGAAGCCUACGACGAAGAAAGGCCAUAUCGUACGAUCAUUGUUAGAAAGUAUUGUAUUCAGAACAUUAUUACUUUAUGAUAUUUUGCGUACUGAGACUCGUUACAGAUAUAAAAAAAUACGAAUUGAUGGUGGUGUAUCUCAAAAUGAUUUCAUCAUGCAACUAUUGGCGGAUUUAACGGGUUUGGAAGUAGAACGACCUGUUGAUGUGGAAAUGUCUAUUUUUGGCGCAGCUAUUUGCGCUGGUUUACAUUGUGGUAUAUGGAAAACUAAAGAAGAAUUAAAGCAUCUUCGUAAAAUAGAUAAAAUAUUUAAACCGAAUAAGAAUUCACAAUUGUGUUAUCAGAACACAAUUGCACAAUGGAAACGUGCUGUGGACCGAUUUAAAAACUGGUACUGAUAUCAGUUGUAUUUGAACAUAAUCAGGUAAAAAAAAAGAUAGAAUUAUUUUCGUAGUAUAUUAGAAAUAUUAAUGCAUUAUAAAAUAUCAGUUUAAUUGAAGCUAUUGUAAAUAAGAGAUAUGCAAUAAUCUUUUUUUUUAUGAUUAUUGCUACAUUCAGAAUACACAAUUAAUUUAUAAAUAAUAUUUUGAUAGAUAGAUGAAUUGAAAUAAAUAGAUACGACACGA